AUAACUACACUGACUUGAACUUCAUAACUAACUUUCUUCCAAUACUCCUUGCAAACCCUGUUUCAUUUCGCUAAAGAAUGCGCGACAGACUGCCCGGCGUGUCUCACGAUGAGGCCGUAGAGGCCUGGGUCCAAAUGUAAUGGCCACACUUGGGUCAAGGUGGCUUCUAUCCAUCUUGCUGGUCAUCGUGCCAAAGUGUUUUGCUCCAGCUCCUCCUGCUUCUCCAUCUCUUCCUGAGUGCUCCAUCCCAUGUAAUGAGAACAAUUGUGAAGCUAUACUCUGUAAGUGGGAUUCAAGGCUGGACCCUGAGAUCCCCACGCACUACAGCCUGCACUGGAAGUCAGCAAAUAGCAAGCAGGUGUAUGGGAUCAAUGGGACCAGCACGAGUGGGACUAUCGAUCGGGAAGACUACAUCCAUGGGGAGCUUCGUGUUUGGGUCCAAGCUAAGAACCAGCAUGGUUCUGCCAAAUCUCAGGCUGCUUUGUUCAAUACAGCUGAUAUCAUCAAGCUGCCUCCUCCUACAGCCUCAUCAGUCAGAGAUCAGGACUCUUUAGAGUUUUUCUGGAAUUCCACCUGUGCUGAGCAUGAGGAUCUCUCUUUGGGUCAAUGUGAGGUCCAAUAUCGGACAGAGGCAGAGCAAGUCUGGCGUGAGGACAAGGAUGUACUCCAUGGCAGCUAUACAGUCGACAGUCCCCAGCCCGGCACAGUCUAUGAAUUUCAAGUUCGCUGUUCCUGUGAACGGGGCUUGAUGAGUGACUGGAGCGCAAUCCACAGUAUACGAAGCACAGAGAUGGCCCCAGAUGGAGAGCUGGAUGUAUGGAGGGAUUGUGGGAUAUCCCAGAAAAUCUCUGACUGUGUUGUGACCUGGAAGAAGCUUCCUAUAUCUCAAGCUCGCGGCCUCAUUCUGGGAUAUGAAGUCAGACUGUCUUACAAUAACGGCGCCCCGGUGUUGGUGAACAUGUCCACAGCUGAGCCAAAGGGCCGGUUGGCCUGUGAAGAGAUGCAAUGCCACUUUACUUCCUCUCUGAAGGACGUAGCAUCAGUCAGCGUGUCUGCCUACAACGCUCGUGGUGCCACAAAGCCUUCUUACCUCGCUCUGCCAACACCAGGUGAACAUAAAAACGAGCAAGCUAUUCGCCUCAUGAUGAAUGAAGAGAACCUCACUGUGUCCUGGGAUCCGCCCGCUCAGCUCUCAGACAACCUGAAGGAAUAUGUGGUGCAAUACAAGCAAGCAGGAUGUCCUCCAGGCCAAGGAUUUGAUUGGAUCAAAGUGAACAAAAGCCAGACAACAGGAAUCUUUGAAGGUCGAUAUAAAAAAUACACAGCCUACCAAGUGUCACUGUUUACUGUAUCAAACAGCAGGAAAGUCCAUCAUCUUUCACCAGUUAUCGUAUAUUCAGUUCAAGGAACCCCCUCCAGAGGGCCAUCGUUUGAGGUGUCUUCCAUCGGUGACACUUAUGUGACCCUGUCUUGGGAGUCUAUUCCCCUCUCCGAGCAGAACGGGGUGAUCCUGUACUACCAAAUAGUAGUAGAGAGUGGAGCAGACAGAAAAAACGUGUUGUACAAUGUGAGUGUAUCACCGCAGCGUGACAGUCAUACGUUUAAGCUGCUGCAUCUCAGUCCUGGACAGCAGUACGAGGUGCGGAUCCGAGCUGUGACGCUAGCCGGACCGGGAGAGAAUAAAACGGCAGAGUUCAAAACCAAGGACCAUGAACCUUUUGCGCACUUAAUAGCAGUUGUGCUUGGAAUCAUUUUGUUGGCCGUGAUAUGCAUGCUUUGUAUUUUAUACAGUGCUUGUCGAGAAGAAAACAAAGUAUGGUGCCUCAGUGUUUCUCUGACAAAAGUGCCAGAUGCCCGCAACAGCCACAUUUUCAGACACAUGAAGCACCAGAUUAAUGACUCCUUGGCUUGGAUCUGCAUUCCCGUGAAUGAGGCGCAUCCCAAGAUCUCUCUGUUGGAGGUCGUGGAGAAACCCUCCGGCCCUGACGGGUUAACGAGGAUAGCGGUCGGAGAUGGAUGCUCACAGGUGGACUGCCAAGAUGAUCGGAGGGAGGAAGCUGUCACAGAGGAGUGUCAAAGGACAGACCACAGAGGAAGAGAGGAGUACAGCAAAAUGGUUGACUCAGAUGAGGAGGGGGACAGGGAAGCUAGCUGGAGUUCAUCAGGGGGUUACGAAAAGCACUUCAUGCCCACUGCUUUGGAAGUACUGGACAGUUGAUGUUUCUCUACGUUGGCUCAUGGACGUUCAUCUCAGAUGUGUGUUUCUUUUAAAUGUGCAGAAAAUGUUCAAUGUGGAAAUGUUAUUUUCGACAAUGACCUCUCUGCAGGACCCAGGAGGGCGACUCAGGUCAUUGGAGAGAUUUAUCUACUAAAGCUUAUGACAUCUUUCAUUUGGCUUACUUUUCUUAUUUCAGUGAUUACCAAUGUUAAGCCUAACUUGUUCGAUUUAGUUCACUUUAGUGACAACACAGCCAUGCCGGUGGAAUAUGGUGGAAUAUGGUGCAGUAUGUUCCAAGACAGUCAUUCCACAGCCUUAAAAAUAUUCAAGUAAUAAUAAACACAUGAAGCCACAAAACACCAUAUAUAUCUACAUUUCACAAUAUCUAAUGUAAAAAGGAAAAAAACGAAACACCUACAUGGUUUAUAUUUUGUACUACCUUGUCAUGUCAAGUGUCGAUUGUAAAAAGAAAUGUCACACAAAUACUGAAUUAUUUACUAAAGGAGAACAGUGUUGAAGUGUUGGAUUUAUAAGCCGCAUUCUUAUUAAAUAUCUGCUGUGCAUCGUGUACUAAAUUAUCCUUUAAACAUAUUCUUAGCUAAUAACUACAUUUAUAAAAUGUAGUACACAUUUCAUUUAAACUGAAAAAACAGUUGAGGACAUUUAUCAUAUUCAUCUUGUUUUGAUGAGUUGCAACUGAUCACUAAUAUGAUAAAAACAAACCACACCCACAUCCUGUAGAUACUUAUAUGAAUUAUAAGUAUCACUGUAAUGCAAUUCAAUCCGUACCAUUCUUAUGUAUUUGGUUGUUUGUAGGCCUUUGUGUGUUAUUUUCUGUGCCUAAUAAUUAACCAUUAUAU